UUUAUUUCUAACUGGAUGCGUCCGAGGCAAGAAAGGAAGGAAGUUAAAGGGUUAAUUUGUGGCCGGGGAAACCUGAUGCUAAUUAAGUCUUAGGAAUGCCACAUACUGACAUUGUAGUGCAGGAGCCCUCAGUGUGGCUCAGGCAUGGAGAGAGCCAACAGCUUUUAUUUCUCACAGACGGUCGGAAAAGCCGGACUCAUCAAACCCUGGAGCUAAAGGAGGAGAGAGAGAGAGAGAGAUAACUUGACGCAAAAUGGUUUUAUUAACACCAGAGCUGUUGCUCCUGCUGUCUUGGGUAUCACUGCAAGCUGUCGCUGAGAUUUGCCGCGGGACGCACUGCUACGGCGCGGAAACCGGCGAUCCAAGACCGUGCACCGGAGCGCACUGUCCGGGGAGCAGGUCCUCCAGACCACCUCGGCAGUUCAACCCAACAAGUCAGGGGAGAGCUGCGCAAAUAGUCACCGGCCAGCAUUAUGCGCACCAGAGCUUUCAGAGAGACACUUAUCCGGCCGGACAGCCUCUGCGCGGGCGGCACGGUGACAGCAGCAGCGGUACGCGGAGGAGAGCGCCUGAAGUUUACCCCGCUGGGUGCACGGAUCCGGACUGUGUCGCUCCUGUGAAACAAUUUCAGCCCACAAAUGACACCCGAGAGUGUAGAGGGAUCGAGUGCAGACUGCCGUUCAGGAUACGGCCAAAAACUCGGGCGAAGCCAUGUGUGGGAGAGGGAUGUUUGGUCGGUUCAGAAGAGAGUGUCUCUUCAUCCACCGCCAGCCAGCUUCCUCCUCUCCAUCUGUCUGACAUAUCCGCGAUGUUCCUGGGAGAUUUUCCGGACCUGGGAUAUCCGUCGCCAGAACUUGGCAGCGCGCCUUUGGGUGUCCAGCUCACAUGUGACAUCAAACCAGGUGAGAAUGAAGUUCCCUCCGAAGAUGCCCUCAUUCUGCACCUCCAGCUGGCAAAAGGACAGGAGAAGCUGGUGGAGGCCAUGAAAGCGCAGCAGGUCGUCAUCCGAGACCUGCAGCAGAAGCUCGCCGACCAACAGGAGGCGCUACUUUCCCAGCAGAGGGAGAUCCUGGGGCAGCAGCAGCGCAUGUACGAGCAGAUGGACGUGGUGAAAGCGCAGUACGGCCUCCUCUCGGACACCAUCAAACAGGUUUCCUUCCAGGGUCUGCAGGGCGAGCUGCAGAGCUACUUUGAAAGCCACAUGGCGGGUCUGCAGAGCCAGGCCCGCAGCCACCUGCAGAAGUCCUACGCAGUGCACAAAAUGGACGUGGACGCCAAAGUGAUGGAUGUAGUCGGAGAGGCUCAUUUCCCUCAGCCUCUUCUGGGAUGUCCCACGCCCUGUGGACAGGAGGAGUUCUGUGAUUUUCAGAAGGACCCGCCUCAGUGUGAGAAGUGCACCAUGUGUCCACCAGGCUUCUUUCUGAUCUCACAGUGUUCUCCGACUGCAGACAGGAUGUGCCAGGACAGAGAUGAAUGCCUUGAAUUACCCAACAUCUGUGGAGAGCGAGUGAAGUGCCUUAAUACUCCAGGAGGGUUCAGGUGUCUGGGAGCUUCUGAGAGAGAGGCAGUGAUGGGUCUUUGUGGUCACGGCUACUUUUACAACCAGGAGCUGCAGGAGUGUCAGGCGUGCACUGAGUGUGAUGGAGAGCCUCUCGCCGUUUCCUGCACAGCCGUCAGCGAUGCCGUCUGCGGCCAGCCGUCGGAGAGCCGUCUGUCCCAAUCGUGGGCCGCCAAUGUGGCAGUCCCUCCUGCCGGCACCCCUGGCAUCAACAUCUUCCCCGGGCUUCAACUAAACAUCCGAGGCAAAGAGGUCACGGAUCUGUUGUCCAAUGAGGCCGGGCAGGUGAGGUUCCUGCAGCACGGCCUCGUCUGGUUGGACCAUAAUUUUGCGAUUAAGCACAGUUGCAGAAACUUCCUCCAGGUGGGGAUGAGGCUCAACGGGAGCCAGGAAGAGGAGGGUCAGGACCUCAGCGGAGUUCGUAUUGAACAGCCAGAUGGGAAAUACUUCCAGGGUGUGAGUGUGAGCAGUGGGGUUGAGGUGGAGCCUAACCAUACGUUCACUCUGCAGCUGAGGAGUCCAAAUCACCACUGCAAUCAGAGCAAGGAUAUUCACAUCUAUGAUGUCAACACUCCCUCCUUCAGCCUGCUCUGGUUGUCUCAUGAUACCGGUGCUGUCGCCAUGACGGCUCAGAUGUCCCUGUUGGCACACUACCAAACAAGCUACCGUCCAACUCUCCGCAUGACCUCAGUCUCUGACCCGUAUAUGAUCAUCUUAACCCAUGACAACCGCGGCGUACGCUUCACAGAAAGCGGGGUUGUCAAGUUUGUCUUCCAACAGGCUCUGUACUCUAUGGGGAACACCUGCGUUCGCGAGGGUUUCUCCCUGAUCGCCCACACUAAUCAAAACGGGACUGGCCAGGAGGCGAUGCAAGCCUUCAAAACAGGCGUCCACUACAGGGACACCUCCAUCACCCUCUCUGGCACCGUCAGCGUGAACAGCGGUGACACCCUAAGCUUUGAGAUUCAAUCUCCAUCCCAGUGCAACAUCCGCUACUUUGGGGACAACACCGGGAUCAGCAUACUUAGUCUGAUCUGGAUACCUUCAGCAGUGUCAUCAGCCCUGAGCGCCACGGUGUCCAGGACGGGUCUGCCCUCAGGAGCAGUGAGGAACAAACCGCUGUUAUUCCAUCAGAUCAGCCCGGACACCCCGCAGGUUCAUUUGGCCCGAUCAGGAGAGCCGAGCAGCCGGAAAAACUUUAUCUUCCACGAGAAAGGCAUAGCGAACAUAGCCCUCAACCUGAAGCUGAUACACUCUUGCAAUGUUGUUAAGCUUACUUUGCAGCAGGUUGGGGGUCAGGGCGGGCAGGCAGGUCCUGUGGCUCAGCAGGUGUCUGGACAUAUGCCUGAAGGAAGCCAGUGGGCCAGUAUCGGGCUGAGGACCUCUUUCUCAGUCCAGAACGGCACCGCUGUCUUUGUCACUCUGGACUGCAUCCGCGGACGAGUUAACCAGAUAACACACGAGGGUGGCACUAACAUUUCAAUCCUCUGGGUUGCAGUGUAAUCAAGAAGAGGAUGAAGCAGUCAGUAAUUUUAUACUUUGAAAAAAACAAAAGAGAAAAAAAAGACACUUUUGCACAUUAUUGAAUUGCAGAGCAGAUUCAACAAUUUACCAAAUGAAGGACGGAAGUGGGCGAUGAAAAACAAUAUAAUUCAUUUUUUACACAUAUUUGUAUUGUUAGACUUGUAUUGAGAAAUUACCUUUUUGUGUUAUUUACAUGUAAGUACUGAAGUACUUCGGCUGGUUGAGCAGUGACCAAUUCUUUAUGGAAAGCUUGUGUGAGCGUGAGCGUGUGUGUGUGUGUGUAUGUGAGCGUGUGUGUGUGUGUGUGUGUGUGUGUGUGAGCGUGUGUGUGUGUGUGUGUGUGUGUGAGCGUGUGUGUGUGUGUGUGUGUGUGUGUGUGUGUGUGUGUGUGUGUGUGAGCGUGUGUGUGUGUGUGUGUGUGUGUAUGUGAGCGUGUGUGUGUGUGUGUGUGUGUGUGUGAGCGUGUGUGUGUGUGUGUGUGUGUGUGUGUGAGCGUGAGCGUGAGCGUGAGCGUGUGUGUGUGUGUGUGUGUGUGUGUGAGUGUGUGUGUGUGUGUGUGUGUGUGAGAGCGUGUGUGUGUGUGUGUGUGUGUGUGUGUGUGUGUGUGUGUGUGAGCGUGUGUGUUAUUACUGUAAGUAUGAGUGUGUAUAAGAACAUGUACAGUGGUGCUCCAAUAUGUAUGUAUUUGUGUGUGUGUUGGCACACAUUGGCAUGCCUACUUUUGCAUAAAUGUAGUACGAGUUGUGUAAUAUAUUUAGAAGUGUAUGUAACAAAUCUUUUUGUAUUAUAUCAAUACACAUUUAAAAUGAUCGUUUGUCCUUUUGGGAGAUACAACACUCAAACUGUUAGCUUAGCUUAGCAUUAAGACUGGUAGCAGGGGGAAUGUUUUAACGUUGCCUGGCCUGAGGUGAACUAAAUUUAACCACCAACAUUUUUUUUAAGGUAUCUUAACAUUUUAUCUUUCUUAGUGUAAAAACUGUCCCUAUUUUAAGAGGGCUAAAGCUCCAGACUAUCUCUUAAAUAACAGUAACCUCCUGAUGUUAACUUUUCUUUCUUUCUUUAUUAAGACCCCCAUUAGCACCAGCACACACCCCUUCAUACACACUUUUACAAAGAACAAUAUAACAAACAAACAAAGACAAACAGCUCCUCUAGGGGAAUUAAAGUUCACACAGAAGAGGAAAUAAAUAAACGACCAUCUUUUUCACAGACAUUCUGCAAAAGAACACAAAACAAUCGUCUUCAGAUUUUCCUUCAUACAAAUCAUAUAAUGUACCAAUUCACCUACAUUUAUACAUUUUGAUGACUAAAUCUCUAACCAUCCUUUUUACAGACAUUAAUUCCAAGAAAAGAGAAACGAAAUACAGUUCACAUUCUGCCAAACAGGCAUAUUUACACCUUAUUUUACACUCAAUUAAGCAGUUCACUCACCUGGAUUUCACAGCUAACACUGACAUGCAGGAAAGACCCCUUGCCAUGCUAAAACAUUUUUUCCAUAUAUUAAACAAUGGUGCUCAAAUAGGGAGAGAAUAGAUGAGGAUUGAUGAGAUUUUCCAUCCUUUGGGCAAAACAAAGCUUGCUGUUUUUUGUGUUUGCAGUAUUCAUGCUGAGCUAAACUAAACUAACUAGAUGCUCUUGCUCUGUCUUGCUAUGUAACCACUACGAGAGAGGAUUUUUACUGUCCCUACAACAUAUCGUAAAAUAACAGUUUCCAAAAUGUCAAACUAUUCCUUUACUUUUCUGAAGAGUAUUUUUAUCAAAGAGCUAUACACAAAUGUUACGUAGCCAAGCAAACGAUGGUAUUUUAUGUUUUUUUCCCCAUAUUUAUUUGAGUUUUAUAAAACAGGACCGCAGUAUUUACCACUAUAGGAAGCACAUUUAUCUUAGAUAACAAUAUUCCAUGUAUGAAGCACAGAGUAGACAGUGUCUAUAUUCAAACACAUUCAUUCAUAGCCUCUUUGCACACAUGUAGUUUAACAUAGUUUUUAAGAAAUAUACAAACAUCACACUUUGUUAUUCUUUGGCCUAAAUGCUAUUUCCCUGCAAAGUCGCUCAUGCACAUCGAGCUUAAUUGCCUCUGUGUGUGCUCUGUCCUCUAAACAAUUAGGCACAAUUAAGUGUUUCAGGGACUUGGCAGCGAAGGCGCCAAUGAAAUUCUUCAGCUUUAUUUUCCCUUCAUUAUGUUCAGUGAUUUUUGUUUUUCUGUGGUUGGACUCCCUGCACAUGACUUGUGGAACAUCAAUGCAUGCAUUACUGUUCAACACCAAAUAAAAUGUAGAUCUAUUUUGAAGUACAAA